UUCAGGGUGGCCUCUGAGCAUUUAAAGAGCCCGGGUCAGGUGACUGAUUUCAGCCCCAGUCCGGGUCUCGGCCGGGGUCUUGGGGAGGGAGGAUGCGGGAGCCCUCGGUCAGCGCGCUCCAGGGCGGAUCCUGGAGAUCUUGGACCCUGUGCCUCUGUAGAGUUGGGGUGUUUGUCGCGAUCAUCCCUCUGCUGUUGACUCUGGAUGGAUUGGAGGCGAGGACUAGGAACGACUUCAGUAUGGUGCAGCCGCUGGUGACCCUGGAACAGUUGCUGUGGGUGAGCGGGAAGCAGAUCGGCUCGGUGGACACCUUCCGAAUCCCGCUCAUUACAGCCACUCCUCGGGGCACUCUCCUUGCUUUCUCCGAGGCCAGAAAAAUGUCUGCAUCUGAUGAGGGGGCCAAGUUCAUCGCCCUGCGGAGGUCCACGGACCAAGGUAUAAAGGUUCCCGGGAAACAGCGGGAGCCAUGGAAGGGCCGGCUCAUCGUGUGUGGCCAUGGCACGCUGGAGCGAGAUGGGGUCUUCUGUCUCCUCAGCGAUGACCACGGUGCCACCUGGCGCUACGGGACUGGGAUCAGUGGCAUCCCGUAUGGGCAGCCCAAGCGAGAAAAUGAUUUCAACCCUGAUGAAUGCCAGCCCUAUGAGCUUCCAGAUGGUUCCGUCAUCAUCAAUGCCCGGAAUCAGAAUAACUACCACUGCCACUGCCGGAUUGUCCUCCGCAGCUAUGAUGCCUGUGAUACGCUGAGGCUUCGGGAUGUGACCUUUGACCGUGAGCUUGUGGAUCCUGUGGUAGCAGCAGGAGCUGUAGCCACCAACUCCGGCAUUGUCUUCUUCUCCAAUCCAGCCCAUCCAGAGUCCAGAGUGAACUUGACCCUGCGCUGGAGCCUCAGCAAUGGUACCUCAUGGCAGAAAGAGACAGUACAGCUGUGGCCCGGACCCAGUGGCUACUCAUCCCUGGCAGCCCUAGAGAAUAGCAGGAAGGGAGAAGAGGACUCACCCCAGCUGUACGUCCUGUAUGAGAAAGGCCUGAACCACUACACAGAGAGCAUCUCCAUGGUCAAAAUCAGUGUCUAUGGGACUCUCUGAGCUGCGUCCUGCCCCUGGGACAGAAGGUUCCAGAGUCUGCCUUCAGGACCACAGCUGUGUAGAAGGUCGGCUGGGAAUGCCUGAAGGACAGCUCCACCUUUUUUUGCACUCUACCAAUUGCCAAUUCAACUUCACUUUGACAGGGAAAUCACCCCCAUUAGAAUGAAAAGCUCAGCUUUCCCCACACACAGGAAGUCCUGCCCUCCCCUGGGAGCGCUUCCUUUCCACUACACUGGGUAAGGCUGCUUCCCUUUCUGCCCUCCCAAGAAAAUGGCUGCUCCUUUCUCAGGCAGGGCUAGCUGGGCCUAGAGAAGUGAAUAAAUGUAAACUCAGGAAAAGGGGGAAGGCCAAGCUGCUGAGAAGGGUUGGAGGAAGAUACCAGCUUUGUAAAGAGUUAGUAAAGAGCUCCAUAUUUAGUUUCAGGGUAAGAAACUAAGUACAUACCUCCUGCUCCCUUCCCCUCACUAUUUAUGAAUCAAAGUAUUAAGAACUUAAAAUUGUUAAUGAAGGAGGAUGAGCAUUUGUAGAGUCUCUGUGGUUCUGUCAAUGCAUAUCAUGUUUCCUGUUUU